UGGCUUGCUGGAAGGGUGACGUCACGCUGUUGCGUUUAUAAGGUGUUGUCUGUACAACCACCGCCUCCAGUGCCCGCAUCCCAAGCCAGACACGAGCAAGUAUGAGGGAGAUUGUGCACAUCCAGGCCGGCCAGUGCGGCAACCAGAUCGGGGCCAAGUUCUGGGAGGUAAUCAGUGAUGAACAUGGAAUUGACCCCACUGGAAACUACGUUGGGGACUCCGACCUACAGCUGGAGAGGAUUAGUGUCUAUUACAAUGAAGCUUCUUCACACAAGUACGUGCCUAGAGCCAUCUUAGUGGAUUUGGAACCAGGAACCAUGGACAGUGUCCGCUCUGGAGCUUUUGGACACCUUUUCCGACCAGAUAACUUCAUUUUUGGACAAAGCGGUGCUGGUAACAACUGGGCAAAGGGUCACUACACGGAAGGGGCUGAAUUAGUGGACUCUGUUCUAGAUGUGGUGAGGAAGGAAUGUGAAAAUUGCGAUUGUCUUCAAGGUUUCCAGCUCACACAUUCACUGGGUGGGGGCACUGGCUCUGGCAUGGGCACCCUGCUCAUCAGUAAAGUCAGGGAGGAGUAUCCUGACCGUAUCAUGAACACUUUUAGUGUAGUCCCCUCUCCAAAGGUGUCUGACACUGUGGUUGAACCAUACAAUGCAACAUUGUCUAUCCAUCAGCUGGUUGAGAACACUGACGAGACUUACUGUAUUGACAAUGAAGCUUUAUAUGACAUCUGCUUCCGCACCCUUAAACUAGCCACUCCAACCUAUGGAGACCUAAACCACCUUGUCAGUGCCACCAUGAGUGGGGUAACCACAUCUCUGAGGUUCCCUGGACAGCUUAAUGCUGAUCUUCGCAAACUGGCUGUCAACAUGGUGCCCUUCCCUCGACUCCACUUCUUUAUGCCAGGCUUUGCUCCUUUGACAGCCCGUGGAAGCCAACAAUACCGGGCACUGACUGUACCUGAACUCACACAACAGAUGUUUGAUGCCAAGAACAUGAUGGCCGCCUGCGAUCCACGCCAUGGACGAUACCUGACAGUGGCUACUGUCUUCCGUGGACGCAUGUCAAUGAAGGAAGUAGAUGAACAGAUGCUGGCCAUCCAGAGCAAGAACAGCAGCUACUUUGUAGAAUGGAUCCCCAACAAUGUAAAAGUUGCUGUCUGUGACAUCCCACCACGUGGCCUCAAGAUGUCUUCCACCUUUAUUGGCAACAGCACAGCCAUCCAAGAGCUUUUCAAACGUAUCUCUGAGCAGUUCACUGCCAUGUUCCGGCGUAAGGCUUUCUUGCACUGGUACACAGGAGAGGGUAUGGACGAAAUGGAAUUUACAGAGGCUGAGAGCAACAUGAACGACCUGGUUUCUGAGUACCAGCAGUAUCAGGAUGCCACAGCAGAAGAGGAGGGUGAAAUGUAUGAAGAUGAUGAAGAGGAAUCCGAAGCUCAAGGAAAGUAGGAAGCUCAUCCCAGAGCCAGAGAUGUCGAUUAGUGCCCCCCCCCCCCCUCCCCCAAGGUUUAGGAAUCCCACUCAUAUGCAUCAUGUGUCGCUUCUGAGUUAGGAUUAUAGUUCUGGUCAGGAUCCAAACCUGCACCUUUCAUCUCCCUUAUUUAUUUAGGUCUCCGCUGCCAAAGGAACCUGCAGAAUUGAAUGUGCAACAGUAUGUUAUUUGCAGAUGCAAACAUGGAGCUUUCUGCUGGCAGAGUCCUGUAAUAUAUUGUUCAUGAUGUACAUCACCUUGCACGCCUCUGUAGCAGGGAAAAUUCAUUAAGGGUGUAGUAGUGCAGGAAAAAAGGAACAAAGUGAAUAAAAAAUGAAAAAAAAAAAAAAGGAGAAAAAUACAGUCUAGAUAGAGCCCGGCAGUGGAAUACGAGCAGCUGAAAAAAGUAAACGUGUCUUGGUGAAGUGCAUGUACAGUGCUAGGGAAUUAUGUACAUGGAGAGAGACCAAGUUUUACUCUGUGUCCUUUCAUCUUUCUCUUGUACCGUCUGAUUUUUUUUAAUGUGCUCUUAUUUUUAUGUCGGUUUUAUUGGAUUAUUUAUUUUUAAAUAACAAAUAAACUUCCUGCUGUCCAACA